CGGUCUGCGCAGGGAACAGGAAGAGAGCGAGAGAGUGUAUGAGUGUGUGUGUGUGUGAGGACGGGAGCUCGCUGUACUGAGGUAGGGACUGAGGGCAGCCAUGGGGAAUACACAGAAGAAGGGCCCCGGUCACGGAGAGGGAGGGGGCCCGCACUCUCAACCUGGGACCCCGGGACACAAGAGGAGCCAUGGAAACAACACAGCCAACUCAAAGGAAGUCCAAGGGAAGAGCCCGGCAGUCAAUGGCACCCUUCCAGCCGGCAAGAGCCAGGAUGAGCCUCAGGGCUCUGGCACUGCCGGGGCGAGCUGUAAUCUGGACGCCCCGUGUGGGGCCCUUCCUCCUCCACUGGCCAGGCUCAAAAAUGAGGGCAAUUUGUUGUUCAAAAAUGGACAGUUUGGAGACGCGCUGGAGAAAUACACACAGGCCAUCGACGGAUGUUUAGAAGCUGGUAUCGACAGCCCAGAGGAUCUUUGUGUUCUGUACUCCAAUAGAGCUGCAUGCUACCUCAAAGAUGGAAACAGCACGGACUGCAUUCAGGACUGCACCAGGGCUCUGGAGCUCCGCCCCUUCUCCCUGAAGCCCCUCCUCCGGCGGGCGAUGGCGUAUGAGACCCUGGAGCGCUACAGGAAGGCCUACGUGGAUUACAAGACAGUCCUGCAGAUAGACGUCAGCGUGCAGGCGGCUCACGACAGCGUGCACAGAAUCACUAAAAUGCUGAUCGAGCAGGACGGUCCUGACUGGCGAGAGAAGCUUCCAGAGAUCCCAAUGGUUCCGCUUUCGGCCCAGCAGCACCGUAAAGAUGAGCCCAGCGCAGAGGUCCUGGAGGCCCGCGCAGCUAGAGCCCAGCAGGAGAAGACCAGAAAAGCAGAGGCACGGUUCACACUGCUGAAACAAGAAGGAAAUGACCUGGUGAAGAGCGGCCAGUUUCAAGGUGCUGCGGACAAAUACAGCGAGUGUCUGGCCAUCAAACCUAACGAAUGUGUCAUCUACACCAACAGAGCGCUGUGCUAUCUCAAGCUGGAAGGUUUCACAGGAGCCAAGCAGGACUGUGAUUCUGCGCUUCAGAUCGAGCCGAACAAUAAGAAAGCGUUUUACAGACGAGCACUGGCACAUAAAGGCUUGAAGGACUACCUGUCAGCCAGCACUGAUUUACAGGAAGUACUGCAGUUGGAUCCAAACGUGCAGGAGGCCGAGCAGGAGCUGGAGACCGUCACUAACCUGCUAAGAGAAAGUCUGCUGGCUAAUUCUCAAGGUUGACAUCGAGGCAAUAAAUGAGGAAAUGAACAGAGAGCUACAGGAAGAACAGGCCCUCCUUCAUUAAAGCCAGACACAGCGGAUCCAGCGAGCCUGAGAAUUCAGCUCACGGGUCCCACAGUCUCGCCACGAGGGUCCAUUCAUCCUUAGAUUGUCACGCGUCGCAACUAAAGUAUCCCUUCCAGCAAACACUCAUCUCACCUUCUUCAAGGAAUAUUGUCUGAUGCAAUGCUGACAAUGCAAAGCAUGCAAACGGUUCAUUCUCUGUAACUCUGGCUUCAGGAUUCUCUGGUUAUGAUGGGACAGUUGUCGUGUGUAUGAGAGAAUGUGCCUUUUAAAAGAAGCUGUGGCUCACAUAUGGAGUGAUUUAACACUCUCAGACAAAAUUGUAAAGGACAAUUUAAUUUGCUACAUUCAAAUAUCUAAUUUCUCAGAAUUUAAUAUAUUUUUAAUAGCUGUUCCAUUGUACUGUGUAAUAUAUACAUGUAGCUCAUGUAGUGUCAUUUUUUUUUGUCAUCUUCCAGCCUUCAGCCCAACCAUCGUCUCAAUAUGCAUAGAUAAAACAUAAGAUCUCACAAGGUAUGAAUGUGCAAUAAUAUUAGAUGUAUUUUUUUUGGGGGGGGGGGGUCUGCAAAAGAGAUAUGUUUCAGAUAAAUAAAUUUGCAUCAGCUAAAUAAAUGGCUUCAUAAAUUA